UCGUGAAAGGUCGUUCUCUGCUCCUGCGUGACACUUUACGAACUCUGCGUCGGUUUCAUUCCUUUUUUUUUUUUUUUAUUAUUUAUUUUUAUUUCUUGGCCAACUGAACCAUCUUUUGCAAACUGUCUGUGCAAAGGAACUACACAGCGCGAGACAGACUUUUGAGUUUGAGUUCCAGUUCAGAGAAAUGUUUGAAAAGAAAAAGUUUUUACAUAACAGACGAUGUGUAAUAUUUGCGAUGGAUUAAAACGCUCGGGUGAUAAUUAUUCUUUAGAGGAACAACUUGAAAACUGAGGAUACGAAACGACCUGAUUGAGAACACAGCCCUGCUAGUCGUACUUUCUUGUAAGGAGUGCGUUCAACAACACGAAUAUUGGAAUGAAAAAAUUCUGUCGCUAAGGGGCUGAUGUGGCAGAAUGUUUGAGCAAGAAAUAAGAACAUCUCGGCAGAGAAUGACUCCCAUCGUAUCAACUUUCAGAGGCAUAUGACGAGUGUCAUGAAAUGACUACAAAAGGAACCACUACAUUAUUAGUUACGAUGACAUUCCUCUCAUCGUAGCCGAGUGAAUUCCAAUUAUCAGUGACCUCACCAAAACUCUUAGCGACCACAAAUUGUGAUGUAAAAAUCUAAAAAUUAGCAUUCAGAAACAGGUAGAAAAUGUGACGAGUAGAAUGAAAAUAACUUUGCAAAUGAAUCUGUUCCUAACUUUCAGAAGCAGUAGUUGAUUUCAUUAAGAUUCAGGGAAUUGCAUCCACCGAUGUCAACAAGUCAAGAGACUGCAUGAAUCACUGCUAUGCAAAGUAUUCCUCUUUCACUGUUUCAGCAGCCGUUACCACCCCAGCCACCACCAUUAACUUCUCCUGAAGUAUUUAUGGAGACUGGUGACGUCAGUGGUGAUGGUGUGUUGUUAAGUGGAUGGGAAAACCUUUCGAAGUUCGUCGUGAGUUUUAAACAUGUGUAUUUCAUUUACUGUGAGAGCAUUACAAGUAGCCUGCGAUGAAGUGCCUAGAAAAAGGUACUGCUUUAUCAGUGAGUGAUUUUCCUUUUGAAUUUCUCGCCCUUGCAGCAAAUUGUAGCAUGUGAUGGAGUGGUGGUUAUCAAUUUCAGUAUAAAGGAGACCAUGAAAGUCAUUAAAAGACAAUUGCUUCAAACAUGAGCCCGACGGGCACAUUUAGAACGCUAGCUUUCUUGCUGGCAAUUGCUGUUCUAGCUGUCUCUGCUAGUGACUGCCCUACUUUUUGUUCUUGUAAAUGGAAACAGGGUAAGCAGACAGCAGAAUGUGUAAACAAACAACUAAUGACUUUACCCCCUAAUUUAGAUCCUGCAACCCAGGCCUUGGACAUUUCUUUAAACAAAAUUCAAAGACUCCCAAGUAGAAGUUUCGCACAGGAAGGCCUAAUAAAUCUUCAGAAAAUAUUCUUACAAAAUAACAACCUUCACGAAAUUGAUAUUGAAGCAUUUAUUUCCCUUACAAACUUAGUAAUGCUUGACCUAAGUAAGAAUGAACUUAAGCAAAUACCAGUCUAUGCUUUUCAACACACACCAGCAUUAAUGGAGUUAUAUCUCAGUGGAAAUUCAUUACAACAUAUCGAUUCGGAUGCCUUUAAAUACCUUGAAUCUCUUAAAACACUAGACAUUAGUGACUGUCAUAUUUCUAAGAUUGAUGCCAGUGCAUUUGAGCCACUUACCAAACUGGAAAAGUUGAAACUUCAUGGCAAUAGACUGACAGAACUGAAACCCCGCCUUGUAGAAAGUUUGCAGAAUUUGCAUGCAGUAACAGUCCAUGAUAAUCCAUGGACCUGUGAUUGCCGUCUAAGAAAGUUAAGAGAAUGGCUAGUAGAGAAAAGAGUGCCCCAUGUGGAAUCUCCUGCCUGUGCAACUCCUCUCAGAAUAAAGGAUGAGAGGUUCAGUGACUUGAAAGAGGAAGAGUUUGCUUGUCCUCCCGAGAUCCUCCCAACUAGAAGAACAGUGGACAGUGCAGAAGGAGAAAAUGCUACUUUAUGGUGUCCUGUAGGGGGAUUGCCAACGCCUCGGGUAUCUUGGUAUGUCAGAGAAUUACCCGUUUCUAAUGGUUCAUUGAUUUCUGAAGGAGGAGCUCAUGGUUUCAUUUUAGAUGAAGCUAGUGAAGAACGUGGUAGCUUAUUAUUUAUCACUGACGCCAAAGUUCAAGACUCAGGGCUAGCUGUCAAGUGUACAGCAACAAAUGCUGCAGGCAGUGCCAGUGCUACUUUUGAGUUGAGUAUUGCACCUGGAUCUUCAGGAUUUGCAGGCUUAUCUAUAGAUAAAAUAGCAGCUAUUGCUGCAGUAUUAGUAGUUGUGCUAGUUAUUCUCAUUGGUGUGUUUAUCAUUGUUGUUCGACGUCGAAACUCUCACACACCUGUGCCUAUUAAAACUGUUAGUGUAAACGGAGCCACAGAAACUCGCAUAGCUGACUUACCAUAUACUCCCUCAGCAUUUGUUGGCGGUUCUGUCAUAGCAACAUCAGACAAUCCAGAUUUACUCUGUGAAGCUGAUUACAACUCUGAUGAAGAAGUUGGGGGAAUAUGUACAGCAGAUGAAGGAAGUGAACAUUCUGUAUGUAGCGGAACUCCGAGACUUGCUAGUCAGGAUCGCAGUCAUGCAGUAUCUUUAGACAGUGAUGACCAUAAAACAUCUCUAGGAAGAUGUCCUUUUGAAACUAUGUGGGAACCAGAAAGAGUUCAUGCUGUAUUAGACUCAGCAGCACCAGAGCAUGUCAUGCACAGAUCACUUCAUGAGCCUCUUACUCCAACCUGUGAUGCUCUUGUACAACAACGACUUCAGUCUUCAUCCCAACGUCACCUCAACCACAGGCUUUCAUAUCUUCCAGAUUUUGCCCCAGAUUACUCAGAGCUAUACUCAUUUAGCCAAAUUGGUCCUGGACAGACAUAUACCUCAGUAAGUGGAGUACCUGUUCCUCAUUAUGGGACAAUACCUCGUUCAAUGAAAAUGAGAUCAAGUGCCCCCGAAAUUAUUCCUGGGGAUGGGACUCCUACAAUGACCAGACAUCCCCGAGCCUGGCAUUUUGGCUCUGAGGGAACACCUCUAAUUGCACAAGAACAAAGAAGGUCUAGUGGUACCCCAAUGUUAAGUGCACCAGCUCCAGCUCCAACUCCUACCACCACCUCAGCCACUACUUAUCUACCAACACAACCUCUCCAGAGUCACAGCAGCAAAUUGAGUCGUAUCACAGCACGGGAUUCACCUGAUGAAGGAUACCAAGAAGGUGCAGAUGUGUGAUGGCAUUCUUGACCAAAUUUUUCUAAUUAGAAAAAAUGUUUAAUAUUUACCUGACAUAUGUUGCUAUCAAAGUGUUUUUGUGUAAUUUUAAUCUGUGAAAAACAGUAUGUGACACUUGAUCAAAGCGUGACCCAUUAAUCAAGAGAAGUAUAGUAUCCAUUGGAAGUGUAUAUAUAAAAAUGGAAACAAUUCUAAGAGAGUAAUGUUGUAAUACUGUAAAAUAACACACAGAACUUUAGCAUGCCUAUCUCUCCAAUGGUUGAGAAAUGGUGUUAUUUGGUCUGUAGUUCUUCCUAUAGAUUUUAAUAAGUGUCAGUUUAAAUGCCCUUCCCGGUGUUUACAGCCGCUCUUAAACUACCAUGUGUUGGCACCAUGUGCUAUUUAAAACUAUUCUUUAGACAUGAGAAAAAAAUAUCUACAAUUUACACUGGGACACUAAUGAUUGGUAGUUAGGGAGCAGCUUUAUAGAAAAGACGGUUCAGUCUAGAGCUUCCAGUAGACAAGAAGGUCUCAAGAUUCUACCCAAUCAGAACACCUGAAUUGUUCACUCAUUGAAUUUCUCGAGUUCUGAUUGGCAAGGAUCGGCCUUCUUGUCAACAAUAGGGAAAGAUGUGGUAGUUGAUAUUUUUAUAUGAUUUAGUACUCAUACAUUAUCAUGACAAUAGGGCUAGGCAUAUUUUGUGCUUCUGUCAUUCAGUAUAUAAAAUUCAAUGUUUUCAUGGAUAUUGCAAUGUUUUCUACUACUUGGGAGUAAAGUAGUGGGUUUUCAAACGUCUUUAUCACCAAAGGUACCACUCACACCCACUGAUGGUUUCUAAAAUAGCAGAUAUUGUUGAAAGAGGAAGCAAGAAAUGUUAGCAGGUAGAGGCACUUUGCUUUGCGGAUCAGUUCCCUGUGGAAGGUAAAAGGAUUAGGAUUGUGUGAAAGUUGUUCCAUCAGUUGCCACAUCUUUCCAAGUGACAUAUUCCAAACAUAAGUUAGCUUUACUUAAUUAUGCUGAUGUCAACCCAAUGAAGGAUGUGCAUGGCGUAUAUGUGAUGGUAAUGCAUGGCAGUUUUCUAUCUCAGACUCAUAUAUUUUAUACAACUUUAGUUCAUUACAAGUUAUACGAUAUCAAUUACCUAACAAUCUUGAUUUUUGGCAUGACGUUCUGCUGUAAGUGGCAAGAUUACCUGUUACUGUAUUAGCCAUUGAUUUCUUCUUCAAGGUCAUUUUAGUUACACAGUUGGUCAAGUCAUUCAUGCUUUAGGUCUCAUUUUCUCUUGAUCAUCUUUCCCAGGCAUGCUUUGCCCAGUUAACAUAAGAGGAAUGACCUGAAAAAAGUAAACAAAUAGUCGUGGCAAUUUUUUUACAUGAAGUGAAGGCCUAAAUGAGUAAGGAUUUGGCCAUACUGAAUUCACAGUUCCAAAAUUUGCAUAGAAGUUCUCUUGAUGUUGAAGGUUUCAUUCAGUGGGUUACCGUGAAUCUAAAAAUGAGUGGUUGGAAGAAAGACACAAAGAUUGUUGCAACUAACUUUCCUUAUUGAUUUCUUCAUAUUUCUUGCACUUGGCUCUUAAGUCUUUGUGGUGACAAGAAAUUGCAAAAAAGUGUGAAGGAUUUCAGGAUUGAAGAGGGCAUUGUGGCUGUGGCUAUUACAAUUACACACACACACACAU